UAUCUGCACUUUCUUUUUUUUUCGCAGGUAAAGCUUCUUCUCAUUUGCUUUGUCGCCAAGGCAUGGGCACUCCAGCACCACUCAGCAGGAAACCAGGGUCCCGGCUAUGCUGGCUACGGAAGUUACGGUGGUUACGGUGGAUACGGAGGCUACGGCGGCUACAACGCUGCUACGGCCGGCGCACCUUACCAGGGAUACGGCGCUUCCUCCUUUCCACCUCAGCCGUACAGCUUUGGCUACGACACGGCAGACGAGUUCGGCAACCGGCAGUUCCGUAGCGAGCAGGGCGACGCCAACAACGUGAAGACUGGCUCGUAUGGAUACCGAGAUGUAAACGGUCUCUUCCGGCGCGUCAGCUACAUCGCCGACGCCAACGGCUUCCGCGCCACAGUGGACACCAACGAGCCGGGCACGGCACCGGGAGCCAGCGCGGACGUCGUGUUCAACGCAUCGCCAGUUGUCCCACCGGUUCCUGGUGGUGCUCAGAACACAUAUGGCGCGGGCGCAGGAGCGCCCGGUUACAACGCUUACGCCGGAUUCGGUGGUGACGGAUACGGCCCUUCCAGUAGCGCAGCUGGAGCCUUCGGGUACGGCGGCUACGGGCGCAACGGCUACCCUCCAAAUGGGCCGGCUAUCAGUGGCCACGCCUAUGGGGGUCACGCCCAACAAGGGUACGGUGCGGUUGGUUAUGCUCCAGGUGGAUAUGGGCCAGCUGGCUACGGCGGAUUGGCUGCAGGUCACCAGGGCUUCCGCCGUCGCAGAUAAAUAUGCUGCGCGAUGACUGGAAAGCAGUACGUGCGAGUGACCUUUGGUUUGAUUGCAAUUUUUUUUAUUCGAGAUCUUUCCAGCUGAAUGAGCCUCAAUAAAGAAAUUGCUCCUUCA